GUGGUAGUAGCGGGAGCGGCUGUGGUAGUAGUGAUAACAACAACAAACAUUUAUGUCUGUGAGUUUGAGGACUGGGGAUCAGUUUUUUAAUGUGCAAGUCUAUGCUAUGCAAAUGACUGAUUUUCCCAUUUCGGCUCAAACAUGACUGAACUUUCAGCCAGUGUAGGAACUGUAGACAUGGUCUUGCCCACCACUAUGAAUACAGUAUUUGGACUUACAAAAGUGACACUAUCGGAGUGUUUUCUGAAAAACAUACCUGAUUCUGACAGCAAAGUAAAAUUAUUUAAAGAGUCAUUCAAUGAUCUGAAAUGUACGAUGAUCGAGGAUGGUAACUAUUGCUUGGAAGGCUCAUGGGAGGCUGUUGUCAGGACAGAACAGAUGCUCCAAGCCAUUCUAGAUAAAUGGAUGUCCAAGGUUCCAACCAAACAACAGAAUGCUCAGAUUAUUGAAAUAAAUAGUGCAAACCUACUGCUCACUCAGCCAAUAGACCAUCGUGAUUUAGAAGAAUGUAUGUUUAAGAAGUCCUCCAAAUCUACAGUAAGUGCUGAAUGCUCUGAACAAGCGGAUCAGGAUCUUGAUUGUUCUGCAAACCAGAACCAGGCCCAUCCAUUGCAGGAGACCAACAUUUCUUAUUUGGAUGACCCAUCUGCAGAGAAUGAGGUGUAUAUGGAUAUUCAGUUGGAGCACAACUACAACCAUUUUAAGGCAGAUUUAAACAAUGAGUCAAUGUCUAACAAUGGAGAACCAAUGGUGGAAAAUGAAAUUUAUAUGGAUAUUAAGCUGUCAAAGACAAACAAUGAGAGUUUUGCCAAUCCAGAUCUACCAGUCAUGCUUGUUGUCGCCAAAGAUGAUGAGCCUGGUGUUGAAGUUCUUCAGCUCAAUGUAAAUAAGCCAAAUGGACAAAUCUCACCCACCAAAGAAUAUUUAGGCGAAGGGACAGUUCCCAUAAAUCAGUCUGAAGAUUUAAAACUACGCAGAAAAAAAUAUGAAGAGAAAGCCCCUUUCAAGUAUUUUUGUAAUCAGUGUUCUUUUAAAACAAAACGAUAUAGCCACAUGAGAAACCAUUCUCGUUUUCAUGAACGAAUAUGCACUAUAUACUCAUGUGAUCAAUGUGACUUUAGCACUAUAAGGGCUAGUCAUUUACAAAGGCAUGUUGGAACUCACAAACCAGAAGCAUUUACAUGUUCUGAGUGUACCUACAGUACUCAUUCAGAAAUUUUUUUCAAAAGACAUCAGAGAUUGAAGCAUAAAGCCAAACAGCCAAAUAAGCCCAAGACCACAGAUACUUAUCAAUGUUUGCAAUGUGAUUACAUGACCACUAGUGAAAAAAUAUUUAAUAGGCACUUGACUGUUCAUACGAAGAAAAAACAUGGAAAGAUGAAACAACCAUGCUUCAAAUGUAAGCAGUGCUCUUACCAGACUCCAAGCCGGUCCAAUUUUUAUCGACAUUUAGGUGGUGUUCAUGGCGAUGAAAGACCCUUCAUGUGCCCUACUUGUGGGCUAUGCUUUAAACGCUCUGACACAUUAGCCCAGCAUCAAACGACCCAUGUAAAGAGUGAAGAGUCAGGUAGAAGUGCAUUCCAGUGUGAAAAGUGUGAAAAAAGUUAUCGCUCUACAGGUGCUCUAGAGGAGCAUAAAUUGACCCAUGAAGAAGAGAGGCGUUACCUCUGUGAAAUUUGUGGCUCUUCUUUCAAAACGCGUGCUGUGCAAAGAAAGCAUUUCAUUGAGACUCAUGUUCAUACAAAAGUGCAUCCUUGUUCUACUUGCUCCAAGACCUUCACGACCAAGUAUUUAUUGAAGAGACAUAUGAAAGUGCACUCACUUAAACAUCAAGACAAGAUCACCACUAUCGAAGCAAAUAGCAGCCCUCAAGAGAUAAGUACAAACACGAUUGGCUCAAUUGACUGGUGCCAAUCUAUUGUGCCUGCUCAGCAAUCAUCUAACGAUGUUCAAGUGUUUGUUGUUUACCAAGAGCCAUCUCAACAAGAUUUAAGUUUGCAAGAAGGACAUUUAUUUCAGGUUUCUCCCUCAUUGGUAGCCAGUCAGACUUUAUCUGCAUCUGUCUUACCAGUUGAAUUUGUAAUUUCUGAGGGUAAUUCAGAGAGUGAAAACUGUGGUGGAGAAACAGCAGUAAAUGAGCAACAAUAGUCUUUGUCUGCACAAAAUGUCUC